AUGUCAAUCAAGUUACUGGAAUCCGUAAAAGGUUCUCCACAAGAUCAUCAGAAAAUCUCAAAAUUCUACGAUUCACAAAAACCAGCAACUAUUCAACAAAAAAUUCAUCUAACAAACGAACAUGAUGCUGAUGUUAGAAAAGCUUGUCGAACAUUGCCACAACUCAAGGAAUCACUUUUUCAAUUGCAUCCAGGUUGCAGACUAGAAGCAACAUUAGGCAUUGGAUAUAACAAAACUCAAGAAUGGCUUACUCGAGCAAAUAUUCCAUUUCCAAAAUCGUUUAUAGAAUUUCAAGAAAAAGAAGGUCCUACAGGAAAAUAUAUGCCUAGUACAAAAGGCAACUUAAUGCUUCAUAUUAGAAGCAAUCGAAAAGAUCUUUGUUUUGAAUUGGGUCGACAAUUCUGUCAAUCUAUUCCUGAUGACUCUAUUGCUAAAUUGGAUGAAACUUUUGGCUUUGCGUAUAUGAGCUCAGAAACAAAUGGUCUUUCUCAAGAUUUUACUGGUUUCGAAGAUGGCAACGAAAAUCCGAAGGAAGAUGAACAGAGGGCUAAAGCGGCACUCAUAUGUGAUGGGCACGACAUUCCAAUUCAUGUCGGAGGGUCAUUUGCAUUAACUCAAAAAUGGAAACAUAAUCUGUUUAAAUGGAAUGAACUAUCACAAGAAGAACAAGAGAAUAUAAUGGGAAGAACGAAAGGAGAGGAAAGUAAAAAGAUUAGACCAAAAGUUUCGACAUCUCAUGUUGCUCGAACGGAUCUCAAAGAGAAUGGAAUAGACAUCAAAGUGGCACUCAAACGAGAUACAUCGACGCAAAGCAAAUGA